AUGGAUCUAGAAGUCGGGGUCCACGAGGGCCCGUCACAAGCCGAAGAGCCCUAUCUGAUGCCUUACUGCAAUCUAACAGCCGUAUCACCACAUUCACACGAUGAGCUAGCCGCUCAGGCUGUUUGGUGGUGCAAUGUGGUAGGCGUGCCGCUAAUUGCCGCCGCUGGCCUAGCCGCGAAUCUGCUCAAUAUCGCCAUAUUAACGUCAAAUCGGGCUUCUCGUCGGAUACCUUCAUGGCAACUCCUCCUUGCGCUCGCCAUCUCCGACUGUUUCUUCCUGAUAUUCGCCACCAUCGAUGUAACCCCGUCCUCGAUGACCUCCCUGGCCCAAUCGCCGCUUUUCAACCUCAUCUACGCCCACUCGGCGCUGUACAUCCGGACCGUCGCGUCGACCUUCUACAAAACUUCAGUGCUCAUCGUCGUGGCGUUCAAUGUGGAGCGGUACAUCUGCGUCGUUCAUCCGCUCUGCUCGCAUCGAAUUUGCACAGGGCGCGCGAGUCGAGCGGCGAUUUUUACGAGCUUUUGCAUCUCGCUCCUCUGCUCCAUCCAAUGGCCAAUUUGCUACGAAGUGAUCCCCUGUGAGGUCGAAGGUAUGGCUUCGUUCUACAUCAUCAUGCAGACACUGCGCCCAGCACUUAAACUCUACUACCGUAUCAUGGAUUACACAAGCCUCUUCGCUUUCAAUGUACUCCCAAUUUGCGCCGUUCUCGGGCUGAAUGCUCGGCUAAUAGUCACACUAUCGAAAGUGGCCGAUGAAGACGCGAAGCGCACAGGGCCCCAAACAGAGUUCAAUGGCGGAUUCGUGCAGGAAGAGCGUCGUCCCGGAAAUCGAGUAAACGCUAAUGCCAUGCUUUUCGCCGUGGUGUUAUGUCUAUUGAUAUGUGUCGGUCCACAGGCCCCAGCCCGUCUCCUCUUCGAUUUCUACGGCCACUACCACUCCACGGCCAUCGUCUAUACUUGUAUCACACAACUGCUCGUUUUUCUGAACGCCUCGCUGAAUUUUGUGCUCUACUGCGUCGUUUCCAGGCGAUAUCGGGCCCUGAUGAAAGCGACGAUCAAGAGAAUGGCACAGGGCGUUAUCGAGCGCAGCUCCUACGGCACCAGCGCCAUCAGAAGCAAAAGCUCAUCCGCUCACGCAACACUUUUGGAAGAGACACCCUCGCGACCGCUGAUUCCGAUGCAU